AUGGCUACAAUGAGAUACGAAUGCGUAUCAAAUUCGGCGGAUUCAUUAGCAAUAAUUGAUCAGACAAGUGUUUAUAAUGCGGAACAAAUCGAUGAUGCCGCUCUAAUUACUAUUAAUAAUGAUAACAUCGAUCAUAUCUUCAUGGAUGAUAUUACUUGGCAAAAUAUCUUUCAGGAUACACGAUAUUCACAAAGACAACAACGAUUUUGUAUAGGUUUUCUCAUUUCAAUGAUUUGCAUAAUGUUGAUUCUUUUGAUUUCAUUAUUUUCGGGUUUUGGUAAAGUUAUUUUCAAUGUUGUUGCAUAUCAGGAAAAAUCACGUCAUGGCCUUAUGAUGAUACCAAAUAUUCGGAAACGACCGCUUAAUAUAUUUUAUUUUAAUAUACGAAAUGAAACAGCAAAUGAGGAGUAUGUAAAAGAAAUAGAUGAAUAUCUUUCAAAAUAUGCUGAAAAUCAAGAAAUAAUGAGAGAAUUUCUGAAGAUUUGUACGAUAGAGGAACAAAGCGAUAAGAAACGUUGGUGCUCAUUUGAUAUUCAACAACAAUUUCAUUCCGAUUGUUCCAAAACAACUAAUUACGGCUAUAAUUCCGGCAAUCCAUGCGUGCUAUUCAUUUUUGAUAACCGAUUGGGUUGGAAGCCUAAUAUGAAAAGUAAAACGGAUUAUUUGCCAUUCUUUUGUCGCAUGCAAUAUCGAUAUUCUUCAAACAGUUAUACGAAUAUCACCUACUAUCCAUCGCUGCCAACAUCAAUGCGUAACGGUGGUUUUCAAAUGAAUUUGAUACCAAAUCAAAAAAUUACCGAUAAUGAUGGUAAUGAAAUUAUUGGAAAAGAUGGAAAUAUUCUUUACACUUUACCACCAUUGGUAAUGGCAAAAAUGACAUUUCGGGAUGCGUUAGAACAAAAUGGAAACGGUGAUUUGGGUCCAUUUACGAUGGACUGUCGAAUAAAAGAUAAUGUGGUUGGAUAUCAGUUUGAUAAUAUUCAAAGUUUCAACGGCCAAACAGCUAUUUCUUUUGACUUCGUCCCACAAUUUUCAUGA